CCCCAUUCAGCCACUGCACGCUGUUUGACAACUUCCGGCCGCUUGUCGUUUGUCGUUUUCUUUUCGCCCUGAACUAUCAAGAUGGCGCGCGGUCCGAAGAAACAUUUGAAGCGUUUAAAUGCUCCACGAGGAUGGAUGUUGGACAAGACCGGCGGUACCUUCGCGCCGCGUCCGUCCACCGGCCCACACAAGCUGCGCGAAUCGCUGCCGCUGGUGAUCUUCCUGCGUAACCGCCUGAAGUACGCACUGACCAACAGCGAGGUGACGAAGAUUGUGAUGCAGCGUCACGUCAAGAUCGACGGCAAGGUCCGCACCGAUCCGAACUACCCGGCCGGAUUCAUGGAUGUGAUCAACAUCCACAAGACCGGCGAAUACUUCCGCCUGAUCUACGACGUCAAGGGCCGCUUCACGGUGCACCGCAUCACGAGCGAGGAGGCCAAGUACAAGCUGCUGAAGGUGAAGCGCGUCCAGAUCGGACCGAAGCGCGUGCCGUUCCUGCUGACGCACGACGGCCGCACCAUCCGCUAUCCGGAUCCGCAGAUCCACCAGCACGACUCGAUCCAGUACGACAUCGCCACCGGCAAGGUGCUGGACGUGCUCAAGUUCGAACCGGGCAACCUGUGCAUGAUCACGGGCGGAAGAAAUUUGGGCCGUUGCGGUACGGUGAUCCUGCGCGAGAAGCACCCGGGAUCGUUCGAGAUCGUGCACGUGAAGGAUACGACCGGGCACGUGUUCGCGACCCGCCUGUCGAACGUGUUCAUCAUCGGCAAGAGCACCAAGGCGUACAUCUCGCUGCCGAAGGGCAAGGGUGUGAAGCUGACGAUUGCCGAGGAGCGCGACCGGCGACUGGCCAACAAGGCUGCUCAGUAAGCGCGGGAGAAGGCGGAAAGGAGGGGGGUAGAGGCCCUGCCCUGUUCCGGGCGAACAACAAUUCCGUUUGUGUGUGUGGAAUGUGGAAAAUGAUCGGAGAAGAAGCGAGAGGACAAAAAGUAUGUUCCGUUUGAAUGUCUACCAUCCGGUUCAAAUGCAGGAGCAUAAUAAAGCCUAGAAUAUACACAAAAAUCUA